CUGUAUUGAACCUAUCUUCAGAAAAUGUUAAUUUUGACCAUAGUAUCGUGUGCAAUACUCUUUGCUUGACAUAUUUAAGGAAUUAAUAUUGCUUGUAGGCGGUAUUCUGAUUAAUUUUAACGAUGGACGACGAAUUUAUCGAUAAACUACGUUUAGAGAAGUUUGAGACUGAACAGGUCAAAGCUGAAGAAAGCUUGGAACUGCUGGAAAAGAUUGUUUCUGAUGGUCAGUGGGAGACAGGGAGCCAGUUGCUGAAUUUGUUACGUAAUGUAGGAACAGCAGUCAUGGCAAAGAUGCCAUGGGAAACCACUCCAUGUAAUAUGGUACACAGAGUCAUCAAAAUUGUUAUUGAUGAAUACAAUGCUUGUCGAGGAGCAUGUGAUGGUGGGGGUGGACAUGGCGUUUCUCAAAUGGUGUUUGGUGGUCACAUAGUUUCUCAGCUUAUGUUUGGUGAUCCCACAAGUGGAGAUCUUCCCGAGUGCAUGGAAGUAUUCCCAGAGCUGAAAAAUAGAGUGCUUGAGGCUAUUGCAGAACAUAAAGCAGAGAUUGAACAGAGCCAGUCAUUGAUUGCAGAACAAGGAGUAAGCAAGAUUCAUAGUGAUGAAGUAAUUAUGACAUGUGGAAUGUGCCCCAUGGUCCUCGCUUUUCUCACAAAAGCUGCAAAGAGACGGAAGUUUCAUGUUAUUGUUGCAGAAUGUGCACCCAAGUACCAUGGUCACAAGAUGGCUAAAGCCCUUUGCUCCGCUGGUAUCCAAACUACACUUAUCCAAGACUGUGCAGUAUUUUCCAUGAUGUCCCGAGUGAAUAAGGUUAUCAUUGGCACCAAAACAGUUCUUAGUAAUGGAGGAAUCAAGACCUUUGUUGGUGCUGCACCUUUAGCUUCAGCUGCACGAUUUUAUUCUGUACCACUUUAUGUUUGUACACCAACAUACAAGUUCAGUCCCAUAGCCUAUGAGGAGGUAAACCACUAUGGAAGUGGAACGUUAAUUCUUCCAAAAGACUUCAACUUACCUUCCUCCAUUAAUGUUGUGUCUGCUCAGUUUGACUAUGUCCCUCCAGAAAAUGUAACAAGUUUCAUCACAAAUAACCGAGGAAUCGCUCCAUCAUAUGUUUAUCGACAACUGAGUGAACUUUAUCAACCUUCGUCUUAUGAUUUGUAGUAAAUUUGAUAAUGUUUCUUUCUAUUAUAUGUCUACGUCUUAUUUGCAAUAAGAAGCAGACAAUAGCUGUACGAAGUAAAGAUCUUUUAUGCUUUUUGGUUAAAAAGUUGUACAUCUGUUUAGGUGAUGAGAAGUAUUUCAGAACAGUUUAAUGGUAAUAGCAUUUCUGAUAAUCUACCCAUUUGUAAGAAUUGAAAAAAAUUGGUUUGUUUUCUUAGAAUUUAUAACACAUACUCGAAUUUUCCUCUUGCUCAUUGACAAAAUGAGAGUCAUAAUCAUUUUAAAUCUUCAGACUGUAUUUUUAUUACCAUUCUGACAAGUAAUAAAGUUCAUAGUUUUGA